AUGAUGGCGCACGAACUUUUGGAAGAGGCUAUGCGCCGAUUGCCUGUUGCUCUCGGUGCACUCUCGCUUCUGGCUGUCGCGUCGUAUUUUGCUGUACCCUUGCUUGUGCCCGAUGUACUGCCUGAGCUGAAGCGACCGUCUGGCGCGCAUCUCAUAGGAGGUCAUUUACAACAAGUACUCCACCCCGCACACUCACCCGUCGUCCACGAACGCUUCAUCCGCGACUAUGGCCGCAAUACCUGCAUCCAAGGCCUCCACCCAGGCGACCGCCGUCUUCUCCCUCUCGACCCCGUAACACUCGCGCACGUCAUGAAGCACCCCGAACAAUACGAGAAGCCUGAGAUCUCUCGCGAGAUCAUCACCCGGUUCAUCGGCCUCGGCAUGCUCUCAGCCGAAGGCGCCGUUCACCGUCGGCAAAGACGCGUUGCUGCACCGGCCUUUGGCGUACAGAACCUCCGCGCGCUUGUACCGCUCGUCUUCGGACUGAGCGAGAGGAUGAAGGAUCGAUGGCUUACGCUCGCGGGUGAAGCGGAGGUCAAGAGCGAGAAGAAGGAGCGGGGCAUUGUACUCGAUAUCGUCAACUGGAUGAGCCGGGCUACGUUUGACGUCAUCGGACUGGCGGGGUUCGACUAUCAUUUCAAUGCUAUUCAGCAUGAGAGGGACGAGUUGUUCGUUGCGUACCGGGAUAUGUUCGAGAUUGGCGUCGCACAAAGUCAACGGUCGAGGUCCCUCAUCAAGGUCAUCCUCCCGUUUCUGAACUGGAUAUUCCCGGACGACUACACCCGCGUCAUCACCUCGUCUCACGAAGUGAUCUACCGCGUCGCGCGCAAACUCAUCGCAGACAAGAAAGCACGUAUUGAAGAAGCUGCCGCGAGUGGUGUGCCUUACGAGCGCAAAGAUCUUCUUACCCUCAUGCUCCGCUCGAACGCUUCCACCGAUCUCUCGCCCGACCAGCGCAUGACGGACGACGACAUGCUGAACAGCAUCAACACGUUCAUGUUUGCCGGCUCCGAUACGACCUCACUCGCGCUCACGUGGACAUUGGUGCUGCUGGCGAAGCAUCCCGAAUGGCAGACACGCUUGAGGAGGGAGUUGAGAGGCGUUACCAGGCCGGCGGUACUGGACGACGAAGGCGUGCAUGAGCUAUGGAAAGAGAUCGAGAAACUACCGGACCUUGACAAAGUAUGCCGUGAGAGCCUACGGUUGAUCACUCCCGUGCAUUCUACUUUACGCGUUGCGACGGAGGACGACUAUAUGCCUGUCAGCAAGCCGUAUGAGGGUCGCGAUGGCAGGAUGCACGAUGGCGUAACCAUUAAGAAAGGGACUAUUGUGCAUGUUCCCGUUGAGGGGAUGAACCUCGAUAGAGGAUACUGGGGUCCGGACGCUUGGAAAUUCAUCCCUGACCGAUGGGAUAACCUACCCGAAGCCGUGUCUGAGCUUCCCGGUCUAUAUUCCAAUACCUUGACGUUCUCCGGUGGCCCUCGCUCAUGCAUUGGCCAGCGGUUCUCGAUGAUCGAGAUGAAGACCUUCCUCUACACCCUCCUCUGCAACUUCACGUUCGCGGAAGCCGAGCAGAAGGUCGUGAAAGCCAACGUCGUGCUCAUCCGCCCAUACGUUCGUGGCAAAUUCGAGGAGGGCAGCCGUUGUCCAUUGAGAGUCACACCCUACAUCCCGGGUGACGACGAGCCGUCGAAUGUAUGA